UUAGUGUGGAAAUUAUUUGUUUGUAUUUUUAUAAUAAAAUGAAAAAGUAAAGUUGCGUUGGGGUAGGUAUGUUAAUGCUAUGUAUAUGAAUAUGAUCUAUGAGUGAUGAAGAAAUUGGUGAUUCAUUUGUUUCCCAUUGGCAUUGGUAUGUUGUGAUCUGGAUUCAUUCAUUGCUUUUGCGAGGGCUUUGCAGCGAGUGUGUGUAUGUUUGGUGUUUCUGUUCUUUGACAUUGCUCGAAUCUGAUUGUUUUGGAUGAAUCAUAGAAGGGGAGCUUGUGUGCUACUCUGAACGCAAAUCUGCCAGAUAGCGAUGGGUAUUGUGUAUUUUUUUGCGAAGAAUUAGUGAGCAUAAUGUUUUCUGAAAGAUUGGGGGCAGACCAAUCUCAUUGUCAAGAUUUGCAGAGUUUGAGUGUGUCGAAGAGACUUGUGAGGAGUGUUAGCCAGAAGUUGAGGAAGAAGAAUAUCAGGAAUGUGGGGGAGGAAGAUGAUGAUGAUGUAAAUGGGGUUUCUUUAAGAUGCUUAAAUCUGUAUGGACGAGGUGGGGGCUGCAAGGUAGGUGCUGACACUAGUGAUGAUUUUGGUGAUUCAAGCAGUAGAAGGAGGUCUAGUGCCAGUGACGAAGGGAAGGGAUAUAAACCGAUUUGUGGUCCGGAAGAAACUGCUGUGGAUUGCUUUUCAUAUGGGGUGAAGGACAGGUUUUGGAGGAGAUACUACCGAAAGAAUUCCGAGCUUGAAGAAUUGUUAACGAACAAUAGAAUGCAUAUCUUUCUUCCUGAUGAUAUUCUUGAAAUGUGUUUGGUUAGGCUCCCGUUGACAAGUCUCAUGAAUGCCCGACUUGUGUGCAAAAAGUGGAGGUCCUUGACUACAACGCCUAGAUUCCUCCAAAUGAGGAGGGAUGGUUCAUAUCAAAAUCCAUGGUUGUUUCUGUUCGGUGCUGUUAAAGAUGGCUUUUGUUCUGGUGAGAUACAUGUGCUGGAUGUGUCUAUGAAUCAAUGGCACAGGAUAGAUGCCGAUUUUCUCAGAGGAAGGUUCUUGUUCUCCGUUGCUGGUAUACUAGAUGAUAUCUUCGUUGUUGGAGGAUGUUCUAGCUUGACUAACUUUGGGAAAGUGGAUAGGAGCUCGUUCAAGACACACAAAGGGGUGCUUGUAUUUAGCCCCUUGACUAAAUCUUGGCGUAAAAUGCCGUCCAUGAAAUAUGCCAGAUCAAAUCCUAUAUUAGGAGUCUCUGAGGUCAGUUUGGAUUUUCCAGCUUGUCAAAGCCAUCAAAGUCGGCAGGAUAGACGUUUUCCAAGAUCAAGGAUUGGUGGGGUUUCAGAUGUCUAUGAGGAUCCUCAUAAGCUUUCAAUGAGACGUCAUUGCAGAUCUGCUUUUAAUGAGACCGAAGCGCCAUCUUUGCCCAGUCGAAAGGCAUACAAAUUCCUUAGACAAAAAAGUGAUCAUUCAGGCUCAAAGGGCAGUAAAAGAUUCUUGUUGAUAGCUGUAGGAGGUCUGGGAUCUUGGGAUGAGCCUCUGGACUCUGGAGAAAUAUAUGAUUCUGUGUCAAAUAAAUGGACUGAAAUCCCAAGAUUACCUUUUGAUUUUGGGGUUGCUCGUUCUGGAACUGUUUGUGGCAGGAUGUUUUAUGUUUUUUCUGAAACGGAUACGCUUGCGGCAUAUGACAUAGAACGGGGUUUUUGGGUUGCAAUUCAAACCACUCCAAUCCCACCUCGGGUUCAUGAAUACUACCCCAAGCUUGUAUCUUCUAAUGGCCGUCUUUUCUUGCUCUCAGUGUCCUGGUGUGAAGGGGAUGGUCAAAUUGGGCGACGAAACAAGGCCGUUAGAAAAUUAUGGGAGUUGGAUCUCAUGUAUCUUACCUGGACUGAAGCCUCAGUGCAUCCUGAUGCCCCAAUGGACUGGAAUGCUGUUUUUGUGGCAGACAAUAACCUGGUUUUCGGGGUGGAGAUGUUCAAAAUAUUUGGUCGGGUGUUGGGUUUUUUCACUGUAUGUGAUGUGUCUGAUAUGGCAAACUGGAACCAUAUUUCAAGGAAUCAUGCGACUCAUGAGCUGGAUGGUUCUUCGUGCUUGACCAAAUCUGUGGCAGUGCUACACCUUUGAAAUCCAUUGUGCAUGUAUGCUAAAAAACAGAAUCUUAGAUCUUCCCUUUAUGUUGUUUUGUUAUGCAACAGGAUCGGUAAGUCCUGCUUCAUCUUUGCUGCAUAUAAUUGUAUAUGGGCAAAUCUUCUAAACUCCGCGAUUCUCAGUUUCUGUGCUUCUCAUGUACCUUUUAUUUAAUUCAUUUCACACCAAUCAUAAAGUUGAAUUCCACACUGACUUUGCACUUGUAUUAUUCCUUCUAGCCAUCAAGUUUCUGGAACUAUGGUUUUGUAUCAUAACUUGUUGCACUAAUCAACCUCCUUAUGAAUUUGGUAUAUGGCUAUACUUUUAUGCA